GCGAACAGUCUCCUGCACUGCAUACUAGCCAUUAAACGUCUUCUGAGCUAUCUCCAAAUCCACACGUGCACACAGAUGAAGAGGGAAAGGGAAGAGGUAUCUGCUAACAGAAGAAGAUAUAAAGUUACAAGAAUUUCAGCAGAUGAAGGUGGCAAUUAGAAAUGAGCUUCAUGGCAAUAAAGAUCAAUAUUUUAAAAAUAUUAAAGAAAAACUAAAGAAGAAUGGAAUCAUCCUCAGAAAUGAAUUAAAAAAUUUGCUGCAUUUAUGUCAGAAUUCAUCUGAUGUGGAACUAGCCAGAAAAAUUAUUUACAGGUACCAUGAACAGAAUAGAAUCACAGCCUUACAUAAUUUUAAAUUUGGGCCACUCUUUAUGAGACUGUGUUAUGAGCUAGACCUUGAAAGACCUGCAGUAGAACUUAUCAAAGAUCAGAAUUUGCAUGGAUUUUUCUCAGACAGUACAUCAUUCCAUAUUUUGAUGACUAUGUUGUUUAAAAAGGGCCAUUUUGAAAGUGCUUUGGAAGUUCUGGUGGAAAUGAAAAAACAAGGUAUACCUUUCAACAAAGAAACCUAUCUACUUGCAGUUGCAAUAUGCUAUAAACUGGGCAGCCCAGAGUCUUCCAAAAUCUCUGCGAGAUUGCUUGAAGAAGCACAGCUAAAAGGUGACACGUUGCCACUGCGAGCGUACUGCUUUGCAAUGGCAGCUGCUCUCAAGCAGAACGAUGUAGCACAAGCCAAAUUUUACUGUUCCCAGAUAAUGAGAACAGAGAACAAACUGUACAAUAAUCUUAAAGUCCUUGUCCAGCUCAGAUCUGGUUUGCUAAAAGAAGUAAUAAAUACAUUAGAGGCAGCAGUGGAAGUAGAUACACCUCCCUUUGUGAAAAGAACUGAGUUUUCAGAGCAGGUGCUGGCUACAGUCAGGGAAAAGAUGGAAGAGAGCCCUGACCUUUCUGUCAAAUUAGGAAAUAUUUAUACGAAACUACAAGCUUCAGGACAGAUAACCAUGUGCACACUGGAAGACAUGCUUUUCCAGAUUCCUAGUUCAAAGAAGACCACUGCAAAGCUUUUAAAUCAGAAGCAAUUGGGCUGUCAGGGUACUAAUCUCCUUUGGUCAAAUCUGUUGUUAGGAUAGCUCAGUAUUUGAUGCCAAACUGAACUGCUGAUAGUAUCUCUUAUAAUCCAGGUUCAAAUAAAAUAUCUUUUCCCUUUCUACACAGUGGGAGUUUUAAGUUGUUUGUAUAAAAUUUCAUUUUAAAUACUGAUCACGUAGCUUCUAUGUUUCAAUUUUGAUCCUAAAAACAAGCUGCAACAGUGGAUAUUUGUGUGUUGUUCAGAAAUAGGAGUGAUAGAAAGAUUUUACUUUUUCCUUAGGCUUUUGUAUCAGGAUUUUCUUAUGCUAAAUAUUUUGGAAGUGAAUGGAUGGAAAUGAGCAAAGCAAGCAAAAUGGUAUGAGUAUCUGACUUGACUUCUGUGGUUCAUGAGAAGAAAAUUUGGUCUUCAUCAAGUUAAAUGUUCUGACUAAAAGGAUAGAGGCAGGCAAGAGUCCAGAGCAUGGAAGUGCUUGAACUGUUAACUCAAAGUCCAUAGAUCUCAGGAGAAUCAGGGGGAAGCAUGCAUCUUUUGUUCACUUUAAUAUCUUUUUAUUCUAAAGAAAUAUAUUAGCAUUUUUUUCCUAUCAACUGGGAUCAUGGAAAUGCCGUGGGAAUUCGCGUGGUAACCAAUGGGUUUUUUUCUCCCUUGAAGGAGAUUCCUGAUCAAAAGUCACUCUCAAGAGUGAGUGACUGCACAAAUUGCUUUCUUCUAAUUUUUCUGGUAUUAAGAUUCCCAGGAUAAGCCAAUCUUGAUGCAAAUUUCCAACUAAUUCAUAAAAAGUUUUUAGAGCAGUUAUGAUCACAUUUUUAGCUAUAAUUACACCAUCUGCAUUGUUUACUCUAUUUUUGGAUUGAAAAAAAAGUACAAAGAAGCCUUUCUUUGUCCAGCUUUAAUGACUCUAGAUUAAAUGUGCUGGACUCUAGCGUUAAAAAGCUGUUUGUGUCUGUGAGUCCUGUGUACCCAAGAAUCUGAACUUACUCACCAUCCAGAAUAGAAGGAAUUGGAAACAGAUAUGCCUUGGCUAACAUUCUUGUGCCUUUGGGUGCCUUUGCAUGUGAAGUGAUGAACACAUUGAUAAAAGAACUUGGCAGCCUUGUGAACUGACAACUAGGUGGAACUCAACUUGAUACUUGCCAACUUGGGCUGCAUUAUCUCUCCUCUACCUUCUGUUUUUUAUUUUGUCUCUGCUCCACUCAAGCAAAAGUCAUGGCUCAGGGUAUAUUUUCUGUGAAUAAAUAUCUUCAUCUGUAUCACUGAAGCCAUUGAGACACCGAAGAAACGAGAACCCAUCCAUGCUUCAAAACAAAUGUGGCUUCAGGCUGUGGGAUGUUGCCUUCUGAAGCUCUAGCUCUGAAACUUAUUUCUUUUGUCACAGUGUGUCUUGUUAAUAUUUAAAAUUAUUUUUAAAAUAUUUUAAAUAUUAAAUAUAUUUUUAAAAUAUAUUAUAAAUGUUGAAUUUAAAAUGUACAAAACUGUUACAAAGUAGAUGGAAUUUCAUGCGAGUGAAGAAUAAUGUGAAGUGUGUAUCACACUUCUGUGAAUUGUGUGUACCCUUUUUAUGAUUGGUGGCAUAAAGUACUACAUACAUUAAUCUAAAAACACAGCUAUUACUUUUUCUGUAAUAUUGUGUAGUAUGUAAUUCCACGUGUAGUUUCCUUUCAUUGAAAAUUCAUUCAACAGAUGUAACCCUUGAGAAGUUCUCAAUCUUUUCUCCACAAAUAAAUUUAAUAUGAUAUUUGUAAAGGCUGCUUGCAGUGUAGCAAGGAUUAGUGGUAAAAAAUUUAAUUACUGUUCAGUUUACUCUGUAUGGACAAGAAAACUGUCUGGUGUCAUCCAGUACAAGUGGGACAGCUGUUGUGUUGAAAGUGUAUAAAUGCCACAUUUUUAAAGAGAGUUUGACCCAUUUAGCUCUGCAUAGCAAAUAAAUAAGGUCAGUUCUGUUUAAUUUCCUAACUUGGCACUUUAAAACUUGUAUGAAUUGCAAGAAGUUGUAACGUCCUAGGACUGUCAUGUGUACUUGUUCAUUCUAAUUGUUUAGCUUCCUAACUAAGGCUGUAUCCUACCUGCAACUGAAGUAAUCAUAACUCCUAUUAAAAUUGUCAAAAUA